AUGGGCCAUUGUCACGAUCCAUCCCGUACGAACCUGGCGCACUCGAGCAACUCCCUGUUGGGCGCGAACGACUCGCCGCCACCGAAGGCGACGAGCGCCGAAAGGAGUCCGAGCAGCGUCCACAUCUCGGGGCCCGGGCUAGACGCGCGCGGCGCGACGCCUCUUGCAGCCUCUCGCGCACUCUCGCACAACACACAAACGCCGCCUGCACAUGGUCGGCUAGCGCGCUACGCACAUCACUACGUGGCGGCGGUCCGCUCUUGGUGCGCGAGCUCCGUGGUCCGCGAGCGGCGAGCGCGGCGCGAUACUGCGCGCCCGACGAUG